AUGGCGAUACCACGUCGCUUCAUACUCAUCAUCUCAUCAGUAUUCCUCAUCCUCUUCAUCGCGCUAUCAUUAGCCACGGCGAUAGAGAUACGCGCACCGCUGCAGAACGUCUUCCGAAUAUCCCUCGCGCAAGCUGCGAAAGUGGGCAGUUCAAAUAGUAUAGUUGGAGCGAACGCGCUCCUCAAUGGAACCGGAUUCGAUCGCGGAGAUGUAUGGAACGGGACGAGCAUCAUCUCGGGAGGAACGCCAAUCCCAACUGCGAUAACGAAAACACAAGAAGGUAUGAUUGGGUUCACGCCAACCCCAAGACCAAGUGCGAGUUGGAGUGCUGAAGGGAUCCUCGGACCCGUGCAUACACCUACACCAUCAGUCAUCACAGCGCCACGACCUCCACCAAGUAAUCAGAUUCCCAUCCUCGCUCUGUCAUAUUCCAGGUCCGGAGGUCCAAAGCACUGCCGCGGUGAGCUUCUCCAAAAGAUGGCUUUCGCGCCACCGAUCGAAAAAUGGAAGAAUGGAACAUGCAUCAAUCUCCCAAGCGAAGCGCGCUGUGGGGUUUUCUUCGCUGGAAAAGGCGACAAUUGCGAGGCGCAGCUAUUCAAUAUGGCUAACUGCUACAAUACGACGCGAACAUAUGUAAAUACUGUUGUAUUUAUGCCAGAGGAGCGAGCAGUUGGAGCGCUUUGGAGUAGUAUGUGGGUGAAGUGCGGAGUUGAGGUGCCAGAAGCUAAGAUGCUGGAUCCAAGCAUUCUGGGUGGAUUAUUGAAAAAACCUAGUGGUGGCUGA